UUUUUUUUUACUUCAUAUUAUUUCCACUUUCGAGCUGUAUAUAUAAUUUAGUCAUAUCAUUAUCGUAAUGAAGUUUGCAAAAUAUCUCCAGAAUGAGGCCGUUCCUGAAUGGAGAAAGGCCUAUAUCAACUAUAAACAAGGGAAAAAGUACCUUAAAGCAAUUGAACGCACCCUAGACCAAAUAGAAGCAGAUGCACAAGCAGAAGCAGAAGUAGAAGAAACAGGAACAUAUGCUGCAGAAAACAACCGAAUCCCUUCCCAUAUGCUCCAGAUCAAUGAUCUGGAAAGGAAAGUGCUCGCAUCAGAUCAAUUAUCACUUCCUUUGCAGUAUGAUCCAUCACCCCCUCUCUCCAGCCUUCCUCUCCUACCACCUGAGAGCUUUCCGACAGGUUUACCCAACACAGGUGCAUCAACCCCUAUUCUGUCAGGAAAGCACGGUCGCACAAGGAAUUAUUCUGCUAUUGUAAUUUCUCCACCACCGACAAAACCUACAUUCUCAUUAUCUGAAGGCACCGGUUUUUCGCAAGACUCUAUAGAUACCGAUAACCGAUCGAGGCCAAUAGAGCCUACUAUGCUUAAUGACUCCUCUCAGAUGGAAGUUCCUUCUUCUGGACAAAAUCUCCGAAGGCUUAUCAAAUCAGCCUCAUCAGGUUCUCGGUUUAGUCAUGCAGCCUUAUCUCGGGGCUCGCGUUUUUUUAAAAGUAUCUCAAGACGCUUUACUAUUAUUAGCCCACACUUAGAUAUACCUCUACGGACACGGGCGAUUCAGAUUGACGAUGGUGACAUCCACAAUGUGCUCGAACAACUCUUACCAGAGGAAAGGGCCUUCUUCCAAUUUUUGGAUUCACAACUUGAGAUAGUCAAUAACUUUUAUCGAGAGAAGGAGCUUGAAGCGGUAGCAAAACUCAAAGUCAUCAAGCAGCAGCUUUAUGUUGCCAAUGAAUGGCAACGUCGAUAUGACGACAAAAUGGUACCAGUCAUCAUCAAUACCACUUAAAAACCUAUCAAUCUCUACUUAGCUUUUUCUUUCGAUUUAUCACUCGUGCGGAUAUUGCUGGAAUUCUUUUUAUUUUUAUUUUUAUUAUUUAUGUUUUUUUGUUUCAUUUUGUUUUAUUGGCUAGGCAAAAGCUGAUGUCGAUCAAGGCUGGUAUGCUACAGAAUGGUCAAAAGUCCGUAAGGGCUUUGAUAAUCUUAUGCGAGCGGAUAAUCCUGUAACAGAGAACGUGG